UAUCUGAUAUUCCCAUACACUGAGAAGAGAUACAUCGCGAGAUCUCGAAAGCUUUCAAGAGAAGAAACUACAAAAAUCGUGUUUAGCUUGCUGACAUUGUUGUAGCGGACUGAUGGUUGACGACAGUUUUUUAAGUAACAACGGCAAAACAGUAGAUGUAUAUGUAUGCGUGUCGAAGACGUAGAAGAAACCUUUUCCUCUUGAAGAUUGAGAUUCACAAGAGGCAGUCAACAUGAAGUUUGCGGAACAUCUUUCCGCGCAUAUUACGCCUGAGUGGCGUAAACAAUACAUCAGUUAUGAGGAAAUGAAAGCUAUGCUCUACACAGCAGUGGAGGAAGCACCAUCUGCUGAAAGUGUAGAGCCUGAAGUCAUAACUCGACAUUUUGCUUCCUUUGAUGAAGUAUUUUUUACAUUUUGCGACAGAGAAUUGAAGAAGAUCAACACCUUCUACUCUGAGAAGAUGGCUGAAGCUACCAGAAAGUAUGCAGCCUUACAAAGUGAACUCAAAACUGCGCAAGAUUUACAACAUGGUGGAGGAAAGAACAAGGGAAAAACUUUCAAAAGUCAGCUUCCAACAAGAAAAAUGAGAGAGCUCAAACUUGCCUUUUCAGAAUUUUAUCUAUCACUUAUUCUCCUACAGAAUUAUCAAAAUCUCAACUAUACUGGUUUUCGCAAAAUUUUGAAGAAGCACGACAAGUUACUAUCUGUCGACACUGGAUCAAAAUGGAGAGUUGAAUGCGUAGAGACAUCUCACUUUUAUACGUCAAAAGAUAUAGACAAGCUGAUUCAAGACACAGAAGCUACAGUCACGAAUGGCUUAGAAGGAGGAGAUCGGCAGCGUGCUAUGAAAAGACUGAGAGUUCCACCUCUUGGAGAACAUCAAAGCCCUUGGACAACUUUUAAAGUUGGCUUAUUCUCUGGUAGUUUUAUCGUUCUGUUUGUAGCAGUAGUAUUAUCAGCCAUAUUCCAUGAUAAUGGCGAUAAUUUGAAGAUUGCCUUCAGGCUCUACCGAGGCCCACUGCUCAUCAUCCAGUUUCUUUUCCUGAUUGGCGUCAACGUGUACGGUUGGCGUUCUUCGGGUGUUAAUCAUGUACUGAUUUUCGAGCUUGAUCCACGUAAUCAUCUAUCAGAGCAGCAUCUAAUGGAGCUAGCUGCAGUCCUUGGCGUUGUUUGGACGCUGAGCCUGCUUAGUUUCCUGUAUAGCGCAAGUUUAAGCAUACCUCCUUAUGUGAAUCCCCUGGCUCUGGUUAUCAUUAUGACGGCUUUCCUUUUGAAUCCGUUAAAGGUUUUUCGUCACGAAGCAAGAUUUUGGCUGCUGAGAAUUGUCUGGCGAGUUCUCAUCGCACCAUUCGCUUAUGUCAAUUUUGCCGAUUUCUGGCUGGCUGAUCAGCUCAACAGUUUAGCCACAGCCUUACUCGAUUUUCAAUUUCUCACUUGUUUCUAUAUUACCAACGGUAAUUGGCUUGAGGCAUCCGAUACAAGGCAAUGCACCUCAGGCUCGCUUAUCAUACGACCUCUUGUUAAUUGUUUGCCCGCCUGGUUUAGAUUUGCACAAUGUAUAAGGCGUUAUCGCGACUCUAAGGAGGCUUUUCCUCACCUGGUGAAUGCGGGAAAGUACUCUACUACCUUUCUAGUUGUUAUCACAUCUACUUUGCGCACAUAUCAUGCAGAUAAGUAUCAGGGCACAUGGGAAAGUCCGUGGCUCUGGCUAUGGCUUGUCAGUUGUUUUGUAAAUUCUAUAUAUUCCUACACUUGGGACAUAAAAAUGGAUUGGGGACUUCUUGAUGGUAAUGCAGGAGAAAAUAGAUUUUUAAGAGAAGAAGUCGUAUAUUCGUCAGCUAGCUUUUACUACUUCGCCAUAAUUGAGGACUUUUUCUUAAGAUUUGUAUGGAUUUUGAGCUUUGUAUUAGUCGAAUAUGGCUUCAUUGGAAACGAUUUAAUGACGUCUAUCGUUGCACCACUCGAAGUUUUCAGGAGAUUUGUAUGGAAUUUCUUCCGAUUGGAAAACGAACACUUAAACAACUGUGGUAAAUUCCGUGCAGUACGCGACAUCUCAAUAGCGCCUCUCGAAAGUUCUGAUCAAAUACAGAUUCUACGUAUGAUGGACGAAGAGAACGGCGUACUGAAUAGAGGUAAGCGAAAAGGUGGCGGUAAAAAGCAAAGCGGUUCUAAAGAAGAAAAGCGAAUGUUAUUAAAAGAUGAGACCAUUGAUAUUGAUGUGUCGAACGCCAGCUGAAAAAUACCUUCGCUCAUCUGUACUUGAACAUUUAUCAAACUUUUCGUCUAAAACAUUCCAUUGAAAGCAAUUUUUUACUUAAUUGUAUUCCGCUUGUACUUGAUUUUCUUAAUUUUGUUAUGCAUUUUUCGAGAUCUCCACUUUUUGAAAUCUGUACGUACUAUGAUUUUUGCUGAUACUUAACGAAAAUAUUGUAUUGUUUUCAAUGAAAUUUUUUAAACGGAUUUACUUUUUGCUAUUCUUUUUUUGGACAUGUAUAAAAAAUUUUAGGCUUUUAGAAUCUUCCGUAUAAGAGCAUACUGCGUUCACCUUUAUCGGCAAUUCAUUAUAUUUUUAAUUUGUUGAAUUUUUCACGAUGAAAAACGCAUCAUCUAAGUUUUUCGAGUCAUUGACAACUUUGUUGGUUUUGAAUUUUUGUAUCAUAUAUACAGAUGCGUUCAAAUUUUUAAGUAAUAAAUCGUUUAAAUUAUUUUUGAAGUACAAAGCUAUUAAAUUUACAAUAAGUACUAAUAUAUAAAAAUUGCUAGAAACGUAUUGUUUUAGUAGACUGUCAGUUUUGUAAGACUUUAUAAUUGAAAAGUCUUACUUGAUGAAUUAUUAAUAGUACAUUAUUAUAUUACAAUAGUUUGAACUAAGAAAACGAUUUUUUCUAAUGAGUUUCCUUGAAUAGCAGCCGAAGCAACUUUAAAAUAUUCUAUUAAUAUUUGAUAAAAUAUUAUUUUUUCACAUGCUUUUAAUUUAUAAAUAGGUAUGUUAUUUUCUUGCGUUUCCUCUGGUUAGUAACAUAAAAUUAUUGAGCAUUCAUUUCUUUGAAAUCUGUUAUCAAAUAUUAAGAGAAUUUUUAAAAAAGCCUAUUGGUUGUAAGUUUUUCAUAUGAAUAUUUGUAUAAUUGUAAAGAAAUAAUUGUUCCAUUAUACAUAGAUAUUAAGGAAUUUUUAAAUUGUUUAUAUCUACGUUAAUAUAAAAGUAAUAAUGUAAAUACCUAAAACAACUUCAUUAAAAGUAAAUAGAGAAAAAUAUUAUGCUCAUGAGAUGAAUGAUUGUGAUAUUUUUUAUUGUUGAGUGUGAGUGCAAACAUACUUACGCUAUGAAAUUGUAUUAACUAUUCAUAUUAUCAAUUGUUCCGUGAUGUGACUGAAUUGCACGUUGUCGAUAUACAUAGAUAUUAGCGCGCUAAUAACGAAUGUAAAAUUCGUUAUUAGCGCAUUUUAAGUACUACAAGUGGCAAUAUAAGAAAAGUAUUUUUAUAGAAAUCUAUACAAUAAAAGUUAUGUAUAAUUUGCAUGAAAAAAAUAAAUAAUUAUAAAUAAUGUUAUAUAAAAUAUUAAAUCAUUUGUAUUUCAAUGUCCCUAUUUGUAUUUUAUUUCUAUGUCACUUAAAGCCUAUUUUAAAAGAAAUUUUCAUAUAUUUUUUCGUUUUUUUUUAUUUUGACAAAUAUUGCAUUGUAUAUUAUAGUUGGUUAAAAAAUAUUCUUAAUUUAUAAUGGUUACAUUAAUUAUUAUAAUAUAAUUUCUAUUAUCACUUUGUUGCAAUAAUUAUUUGUAUUAGUACAUAUGAAUAAUAGUUAUUCUAUUGGAAAUUUAAGAAUUCAUUAUUUCUAUUAUGAUUAAAGUAUCAUAACACUCAAUGUUAGAUACUAUAACUGUGCUUAAAAUUGGCACUUCACGCACCGAGUAUUAAAAAAUGCAAAUCUUGUUUGAGUAGUCUUUUUUUUAAUACUAAAAAGUAAUUUUUUAAAGCGAUAUAAGCUGUUGUAGUAUUUAUGCAAUACAAUUAAAUAGCAAACAAUAGAUAUUUAGCAUACUUUCUUAUGAUAUCUGAUUAUAUAUGUUAUAUAUUUCUUUUUUUCGUAUACAUAAGUAAAUGAUUAUAAUAAAGCGUAUCUUGUUUGUAUCGAAGUUUUGAAGGAAAAUAGGGCUUUCGCGCUUCGUAAGACUUAUAUAUUUCGAUUAGAAUAUUAAAUUAUGCAGCUAGCAUUCUCAUUUUAUUUGGUAUAUUAUGUGUAUAUGUAAUUAAUCUUUGGCACAGAACUAUAUUUUUAUGUACUAAAUGUAUCUUUAAAGUUCAGAUGCUUCCGUCUCGUAUAGAUAGUUAUUGUUAAAGUUAAGUUAGCGUUACAUUACUAUAAGUUAGCGUUUACAUUACUGUCAAAAUAUUUACAAAAUUAAUUUUCAUAGAGAAGAGGUUACUUUUACAAUUAGAUGUUUGUACUAUUAUUAAUUCAUAAGAAUUAUUUGUAUUGGCUUAUGCUAUUUCCUCAUACUUCUUCAGUUCUUCCUGUGGUGAAUAUUAAAUUAAUUUUUACAAUAGUUUUACUUUAAGAAAACAUUUAUUUAACGUCUUACUUACACUCCAUCCGAGAUUUUCCGCCAGGAGUUGACAACCUUUGUCAUAAUUUUCAGUUUGAAUCACCUCAAGUUCUGUAUUAAUGAAAAAUUUCAAGUCUGGAGAAAAUUCCUUGAUUAAUAAACUCUUCAUUUCUCUA